AUUUCUCCCAGUUUUCUUCUUUAUUAUUUUAUUAUAUUGAAAGAAAAAUGGCUACUACUGAUAAACUUAUUAUUUUUGACACAACCCUUCGUGAUGGUGAACAGUCCCCAGGUGUCACUUUAAACACAGAAGAAAAGAUCGAGAUCGCCAAACAACUUUCUCGUCUUGGUGUGGAUGUUAUUGAAGCAGGUUUCCCAAUUGCUUCGAUUGGUGAUUUCGAAGCCGUACAACGUAUUGCCACUGAAGUAGGCUCUUUGAUGGUCGGCAGAGAAAAGAUUGGUCAUCCUGUGACAAUUUGUGGUCUUGCUCGUUCUACACCCAACGAUAUUAAACGUUGUGCUGAAGCCAUCGCGCCUGCCGCUCGUAAGCGUAUUCACGUUUUCCUUGCCACCUCUGAUCUUCAUCUUGAACACAAGCUCAAGAUUGAUCGUGAAGAAUGUAUUAAACGUGCUGUGGCUGCUGUCACACUUGCGCGUUCUUUUGUGGACGAUGUUGAGUUCUCACCUGAAGAUGCCGGUCGUUCUGACCCUGAUUUCCUUUGUAAAGUGCUCGGUAAGGUGAUUGAAGCCGGUGCAACUACCCUCAACAUUCCUGACACCGUUGGUUAUAAUAUGCCUGAGGAAUACGGAAGUUUGAUUGCUUAUCUCGUCAAGAAUACACCUGGAUCCGAAAAGGCUAUUUUCUCUACUCACUGUCAUAACGAUCUUGGUUUAGCUACUGCCAACACAUUGGCUGGUAUCAGUAACGGUGCACGUCAAGUGGAAGUCACGAUCAAUGGUAUUGGUGAGCGUGCUGGUAACACAGCUAUGGAGGAGAUUGUCAUGGCUAUUCAUACCCAUCCCAAUUAUUUCCCUGUUCAUCAUACUGUCAACACCACUUUAAUCUAUCGUACCUCCCAAAUGGUUUCUACUUUAUCCGGUAUGAUGGUUCAACCCAAUAAGGCCAUUGUCGGUCGUAACGCCUUCCUUCACGAAUCCGGUAUUCAUCAAGAUGGUAUUCUCAAGAACAGACAGACGUACGAGAUUAUUAGUGCCGAGACCGUAGGUGUGACUGAUAUUUCUUUGGUUCUUGGUAAGCAUUCAGGUCGUAACGCUUUCCGUGAGCGUUGUAAGGAGUUAGGAUUUGCCGAUGUCUCUGAUGCGGAUUUCCAGACAGCAUUUGAUGGAUUCAAGGCACUUUGUGAUAAGAAAAAGAAUGUGAAUGAUGCAGAUAUUCUCGCUAUUCUCAGCAACCAAAUCAGUGCUCAUGUUGGAAGUGCUUAUUACACCUUGAUUUCUACACAAGUGGUGGCUGGUGCCGAUACCACCUCCAUGGCCAGUGUCAAACUUUUUGAUGUCAAAGCAGAGAAGGAAAUUUGUGAUGCUGCAGUUGGUACCAACGGUCCCGUAGAUGCCAUCUUUGAGGCUAUUCAACGUAGUGUGGGUCGUCGUUUCCGUCUUACCAAGUUUGAUAUUAGUGCAGUGGGUGAGGGUAGUGAUGCCCUCGGAAAAGCCGAGAUCCAAGUCAUGGUUGAUCCUGCUACUACAAAUACUCAAGAUACUCGUCUUACCAAGGCUGCUUUCUCUUCUAGCAUUGCCGAUAUCGAUAUCAUUGCUGCUGCCGCCAAGGCUUAUUUGGGUGCUAUUAACAAGCAAUUAGUGUGGGAGAAUGAAUUGGCUGCUGGUACUGCCAGAAGUCUUGGUGAGGAACGUCAAGUGGAUGUUUAAAAAUCUAUCCUUAAAAAACAUACAUUUAAUCAUUUGUAAAUAAAUAUCUCUUUUUCAUAUACAACUACGCGCGACAUAACGUUUUCUUU